AUGGAUUGGAACCAGCUCAAAGACCAGGUCUCCAACCUGACCCUGUACGAUGUCAAGGCAGGAGUUCGAAAGGUCCAAAAUGCUGUCAUGAACUACACAGAAAUGGAGGCCAAGGUCCGCGAAGCCACCAACAACGAACCUUGGGGCGCGUCAUCAACUCUGAUGCAGGAGAUCGCCAACGGCACCUUCAAUUACGCGACACUCAACGAGAUUAUGCCCAUGAUUUACCGCCGAUUCACAGAAAAGUCCGCCGAAGAAUGGCGCCAGAUCUACAAGGCCCUCCAGCUCCUCGAGUUCCUCAUCAAGCACGGCUCCGAGCGUGUCAUCGACGAUGCCCGCGGCCACAUCACACUGCUUAAGAUGCUGCGUCAGUUCCACUUCAUCGAUCAGAACGGCAAGGACCAGGGUAUCAACGUGCGGAAUCGCGCCAAGGAAUUGGCCGAGCUCCUGGGCGACGUCGAACGCAUCCGAUCUGAGCGCAAGAAGGCGCGCUCGUCCAAGAACAAGUACACUGGAGUCGAGGGGGGAAUGGGCCUCGGUGGCGGCUUCUCGAGCGGCGGCAGUCGAUACGGCGGAUUCGGCAGCGAGUCUGGUGGCUACGGUGGCUACUCAGGCGGUGUCUACGGCGACGGUGGUGGUUUCGGCGGACAAGAGGGCAGCAGGGACUACGACAGAACACAGAACCACGGCGACAAGUUCGAGGAAUACGACGAGUUCGACGAGGGUGACAGGCCAGCCGCCAGCUCUUCGACGUCUCGCUCCAAGAGACCCGAGCGUGCGGCCGCGGCCCCGAAGGCAGAACCUCCCAAGAAGAAGGAACCCGAAGUGGACCUCUUCUCCUUUGACGACCCUGCGCCCUCCUCCAUGCCCGCUCCCGUGGCGCCGGCGCCCUCCAACGGCUCCGGUCUGGCUGCUCUGUCGACAGCUCCGGCCGCCUCCAACGACGACGACGAGUUCGACGAUUUCCAGUCUGCCACGCCCGCCACUACUUCCGCCCCGGCAGCCAACCCUCUGUCACCUCCCGUCAUGACCUCUUCCGCCAGCUCUGCUACGACCUUCGCAGCUCCUCAACCCGUAUCUGCGCCGCAGCAGGCCAAUAUCGGCAACAUGGUCAGCAUGUCUUCCAUGUCGCCCGCUCCAAGCGGCCCCAACUAUUCUGCCUUCAGCACGCCUGCCGUUGCCUCGCCGGCAGCGCAAGCUCCUAAGCCCUCCGGCUACCAGCCCUCAGGGCCCAACUACUUCGGAUCUGUCCAGACUGCCGUUCCUCAGGCCACGGGAGGCUCCUUUGGAGGUGCUUCUACUCCUGGCGCAAAGCCGGCUUCUACUCCCGCUGCCAAGCCCGCAGCUGCUGGAGGUGAUGCCUUUGGCGCCCUCUGGUCGCAGGCUAGUGUUGGUGUGAAGAAGACAAACACUCCCACCGCCGGUCCUGCCAUGGGACAGCUUGCUAAGGAGAAGAGCAGCGCUGGUAUCUGGGGGGCUCCCGCCGCUGCGUCCCCAGCGCCCAAGCCUGCUGCCGGAUCAUCCUCUGGCGGCAACCAUGGUCUCGACGACUUGCUUGGUUAA